AUGCUGCGCUACGACCCCCUGUCGGGUCAAGUGUUCACCGAGAGGCUAGUCAAAACCCGUGAUCGGCUCACAAACCCGUCAAGACCAGCGGAGGAGCGACGGACCCCUUAUGAAAUGCAACUCGAAGCCGAGCGCCUCAAGCAUCUGGGCGUCGAAUCCUUGCACGCAAAGGCAAUGCGCAAACUGAUCGUCAACGCGCGCAGUCUAACUCCAGACGCUCUGCGAGCCACGCCGGCCCCGAUUACGAUGCAGAUCUGGAAAGAGAUUAUUCGAGAGAACCGUGUGACACUAGGCGUGUGGAACAUCUUCACGAACAGCGGACACGCGGACAGCACGUUUGUCCACUCACCCAGACCGAUGAGACUCGGUGGGCCACACGUCGUCGACACUUUCAGUGCAAUCUCCAGCCCCAACUUCGCCUGGGUGACCACUCUCACCCUCGACAGCUUCCUCGGCACCGCCGCAGAUCUAAACCAAGUCACGCGAAUCGUCAAUCUCCGCAGCCUGGAAAUGCGGCACACCUCUCCUGAAACCGAGACUGCAUUUGACGACGGCAUUGUGGAGUAUUGGGCCUUGCGCGCAGGACAGGCACUCGGCGAACCUUUUGCUGUCCUGCGGUCACUCAUCAUUGUCGGUGCACCAAACAUCACGAAGUACUCCUUUCCCAGCUUCCAGCGCUUCCCUUCACUCCAAACCCUCGUCCUCUCGGAGACAGGCAUUAAGCACAAACACCGCCACUUCGCCAGCAAAUGCGACUGGCGCAUCGAUACCAACGGGCCGUAUGCUUCCAUGGUGAAGGCGGGCAUCACCAGCAGCCGGGGGAACCCCCGUGUCCACUUGUGUGACGUUACUCGAGACUACGUCUUCUCUCUCCGCUCUUCUUCUUUGUCGAAGGACUAUAACGCCUCCGCGGCCCGCACCGACACUCUGCCAUUGCUGAGCAUGCACUUCUACGGCGGUCGCAAUAUGCAACGUAUUGUGAAGACGGAUCUGGAGGAUGUCUUGUGCUUUGAAAGAAAAGAGGCAGGUGCGACUAACGAGGAGGAGGCAGAUGAAGGGAAUGACGAGGCUGGAUUAUUCUCGGUCAAGGGAGUGUUCGUGUUCAAAGGAAAGAAAAUCAAAUUCGAAGACGAAUCGGAGGUCAAGGAGGUGAAUGAUGGGACAAAGGAGGUGGCCUUGCCCGUGUUCAAGAAAAGGAAGAUCAGGUCUGGGAAGGAAAAAGAACUCGAGGGUGCGCUGGGUGCGAUGCUCAGUGAUGGUGUAUCAGCAGGACUUGGGAUCUUUCCCACGCGUGAAGGGUGA